GGGAAUUCCUUGCAUUGGAGUCCCGGACCACCAUGAAAAAGGCGAGGAAGAUCGUGAUCAAACCGUUCAAGCAGGCGCCGAGUGUGCCAGAAGGAUUUGAGGAGAAGGCAUGGAAGAGCUUGGAGGUGUCCUUGCUGUGUCUGCAGAACAAGUCAGAGUCAGCGGCCGUGAGCUUGGGAUGGGAAGAGUUGUAUGGCCUCGUGACCGACCUGUGUCAUCAGAAGAAGGCUGCAUGGCUGUACGAGUUGCUGCAAAAGCACUUGGCGGCGUAUGUGGAACGAACACUCAAAUCUGCUUGCGAAGAGCAUGGCAUACUACUCAUGGAAAGCGCCGUGUUUGUCGAGCGGUUGGUGGGGAUUUGGGAAGAGUAUUGCAGCGACCUGCUCAUGAUUCGGAACCUGUGUCUGUACUUGGAUCGCACGUACGUCAUCCAAACGAGCAAUGUCGCGUCCAUCUACGACAUGGGCGUCGGGUGUUUCCAGGCAACGAUCCAGACGUUGCCCCCCCUCGAAGCCAAGGUCACGUCAUCCUUCCUUCAAGAAGUCGAGCGCGAACGCUACGGUGAAACGGUCCAGCGGAAUCAUCUCAAGUCGCUCGUGCGCAUGGCGACGGCGUUGCACAUGUACACCAAGCACGUGGAGCGCCCUUUCCUCGCGGCCUCGGAAGUAUUUUACGCCCAGGAAGGCCAGCAACUGCUCGAGUCCGCGAGCGUCGGGUCGUUCUUGCUCCACGUGGAGAAGCGCCUGGCCGAGGAACACAGCCGCGUGACCAGUGUCUUGGAUGGCAACGUCAUCACGAAGAAGGGCAUUGUCCAGGUCGUCGAGUCGCAAUUACUGAGUCCGCACGUGUCGCUGUUGAUCGAACGGGGCUUUGACGAAUUGGCCAGCGCCAAACGAGUGGACGACCUCCAUCGCAUGUACGACCUCUGGGGUCGAGUGAACCAGCUGCCUCUGCUGCGCGCGAGUUGGUCCAAGUACAUUGUCCUCCGCGGCACGUCGAUCGUCACGGACGUGUCGGCAACCAGCGGCGACGUUGACAAGGGCAUGGUGUCGGCGCUCCUGUCGUUCAAAGUCGACUUGGACGAGAUGCUCGAAAGUGCGUUCGAGAUGGACCAAGCGUUUGUCCAUGCGCUCAAGUCGGCGAUGGAGGCAGCGAUUAACGCCAAGGCGGCGCGUCCGGCCGAGCUCGUUGCCAAGUUUGUCGAUGCCAAGCUCAAGACGGGCAACAAGGACGGGUCUGACCGUGAAGUGGAGGCGCUGCUGGACCGCGUGAUGAUUCUAUUCCGAUACAUCCAGGGCAAGGACGUAUUUGAAGCAUUUUACAAGAAAGAUCUGGCCAAGCGGUUGCUUCUGGGGCGCAGUGCGUCGUUCGAUUUGGAGAAGAGCAUGAUUGCCAAGCUCAAAACCGAGUGUGGCAGUUCGUUCACAAACAAGUUGGAAGGCAUGUUUAAAGACAUUGACUUGUCUCGUGGAGUCAUGACCCAGUUCCAGCAACAUGCCCCCAGCCGGGUUGCGCUGACUCAGUUGGUGCACAAGGUGGACAUGCACGUGCACGUGUUGACGACGGGGUUCUGGCCGCCGUACGUCCCCACCGAGAUCAACUUGCCGCAGAGUCUGUCGCCGUCCAAGGCGAUAUUCGAAUCGUUUUACACGUCCAAAUUCAACGGGCGGCAGCUGCAGUGGCAGCACUCGCUGGGCCACUGCCUUGUCAAAGCAAACUUCCCCAAGGGACGCAAAGAGCUGGCCGUAUCGCUCUUCCAGGCGCUUGUGCUGCUCUGUUUCAACCACGGCCGAGACGUGAUCGGGUUCAAGGAUAUCCUCGGUCAAACUGGCAUCGAAAUCGGCGAGUUGCGGCGCACGUUGCAGUCGUUGGCGUGUGGCAAAGUGCGGGUGUUGACCAAGCAGCCCAAGGGUCGGGACGUGGCCGACACGGACGAGUUUGUGUUCAACGCGUCGUUCUCAAACCAAUUGAUGCGCAUCAAGAUCAACUCGAUCCAGAUGAAGGAAACGACCGAAGAAAACACAGAAACGCAUGAAGCCAUCUUCCGCGAGCGGCAGUACCAGGUGGACGCGGCCAUCGUGCGCAUCAUGAAGUCGCGCAAGACGCUGAGCCAUGCGCUGCUCAUGAGCGAGCUGUUUGUCCAGCUCAAGUUCCCCGCCAAGCCCGUCGAUAUCAAGCGCCGCAUCGAAAGUUUGAUCGACCGAGAGUACCUCGAGCGAGACAAGGCCAACGCCCAAGUGUACAAUUACCUGGCCUAA